GAAUGUGUGGAAUACCAUUUCCAAUGGCGAUCCCUCACCCAGAAAGGAAAUACUGAUCAAUAUUGAUGUGGAGCCUCGAACGGAAAAUGCUUUUAAAGAAGGCGGGUCGAUUGACAUCUACGAAGGGAUAGCUCUGAGGGUUGGCGACAUGAAACUUCUUUUGAGUGUACCUAAUGCCUCUUGGUAUAAACCCCCAGAGCUCGGUGGAGAUUCAAGUAUGAGGCAGUACACACCCCCUGACACAAACGGCAGGCUUGGCUGGUUUCAAGGUGGAGAAAAGGUAUUGAGAAGUAAAGACCGAUAUUUUUCUGUAAGUCAGGCAUCUUAGAACCCGCCGUAUCCUCCUCACAAGUUAAUUUUGACUGACACAAGAAAGGAGUAGUCAAGAGGUGAUUACCACAGGUACAAGAACUACCCUUGUGGAAAACCUUGUGCAUAAACAUAAAACUUAUUAAUAAGAAUUUAUUUGACGUGGAGGGAAAAUGACCCACUACAAAGUAUGUCGAAGUUAUAGCGUAGAGAGAAGGAAAGAAAUAAAAAUAAUUCACCUGACACUAAUAUCAGAUGUGCCGUCGUAAAGAUUUAAUCAGUAAAUUAACUCGGUUAUAUCAGGAGCCGAUUACUCCUAGUUAUAUACAAGCCCCCAAAAGUUGGACAAUUCUAUCCACAGUACAAAUCUCUAUCCACUGGAUAGUGCAAUUGGUUUCCGUAGUAGUACUUGUCUGUUGUAAAGUGAUUUAUCCGUUGGGUAGCGUUAUCCAGUGUUUUAACAGUCGGGACAAGAAAUUCAAACAUAUAUAUUACCCCUUGGCUGAUGGCGCGGGUGACUCGAACAUUAAUUUAAGUUUGUCAGUUCAUGGAAAAAGUUCGAUUUACUCAACAGACCACAGGAGACACUGUGCAAGUUGCCCUUUACAACAUAACCGCUGACCCAACGGAACACGACGACCUUAGCGAGAAACUUCCAGACGUGGUGAAGGAAAUGAAAGAAAGAGUGCAGUAUUACAUGAAGGGGGUCGUGUCUCCACCCACCAAAAUGUUUGAUCCUAAAGCUAUUGUAAAAGCAUUGGAGGAAGGUAUUUGGACGCCUUGGCAAGAAUAAACUUUUCUUGUACCCGAAACUCUGUCAUGAAUAAAAUUCAUUAAAUGGUCUAGCUUGUUAUAGGUUUUGUUUAGCGUCAAGAAGAAUGUCGUACAAGGUUGAUUGAUUUUGUUUAAUUUUCGAUUUGUUAAAUGUAGGAGGUAGCGUCUCAAUAUUUUUUUAUUUUUAAGUGUUCAUGACAACAGUGACCAGUGUGAAGGUUCAACAAACUUGCUUGGGUUACGUAGAAAGCUAGUUUCAGUUUCUG